CUCCAGUUGGUUUUCCUGUCUGCUGCUUGCGACGGCUUUUGCGGCUUGUGUUUGUUUACAUAUCGUAGGUUGUUCAGAGUAAAGGCUCGCUAAACUGAAAUGUUGUGAUGUAACGACAUAACUGCGAAGUUUUGUCACACAGGCCCAUGCGCCUGUCAUCGAUGGCUUUUAUCCACCGUCUUGCGCUCUUUGGCUGUGCGGGAGCGGCUUGAAAGACUUCACUGCUUUCGAGCAGUUUCUGACAUGGCCAUUGCGAGGCCUCCAGGGUUGGACUUUGAUUACAACUGGCCAGAGAGUGCGGAAUGCCUUACACUGGACUUUGGACCCUUUGAGACUGUGCACCGAUGGCGUCAGAUGCCACACUGUGAUGAGUUUGUGGGAGCAAGGAGGAGCAAACACACUGUCGUAGCAUACAAAGACGCAAUCUAUGUCUUCGGUGGUGACAAUGGGAAGCAGAUGCUGAAUGACCUGCUACGUUUUGACGUUCGGGACAAGUCGUGGGGAAGGGCAUUCACGACUGGGAAUCCACCAGCUCCACGUUACCACCAUUCUGCUGUAGUUCACGAGAAGAGCAUGUUUGUUUUUGGGGGCUAUACUGGGGACAUCCACUCUAAUUCAAACCUGGCCAACAAGAAUGACCUGUUUGAGUACAAUUUUACAACUGGUCAAUGGACUGAAUGGAAGUUUGAGGGCCGCAUGCCAGUGCCUCGAUCAGCCCAUGGAGCAGCAGUGUAUGAUAAUCGCCUCUGGAUCUUUGCUGGCUAUGAUGGCAAUGCACGGCUAAAUGACAUGUGGUGCGUCUCCUUGCUAGGUGACUCCAGGACCUGGGAAGAAGUACCACAACGAGGUGACUGUCCACCAACAUGCUGCAACUUCCCCGUUGCUGUGGCUCGUGACAGCAUGUUUGUCUUCUCUGGCCAGAGCGGUGCAAAGAUCACCAACAGCCUUUUCCAGUUCCACUUCAAGGACAAGUACUGGAGCAGGAUCUCUACUGAACACAUCCUCCGCGGUGCACCUGCACCACCCACACGACGUUACGGACAUACCAUGGUUGCCUUCGACCGACACCUGUAUGUUUUCGGAGGAACUGCAGACAGCACUCUACCAAAUGACCUGCACUGCUUUGACCUGGAUUCUCAGACAUGGUCCAUUAUUCAACCAUCCCCAGAUAGUGAGGUUCCAUCGGGGCGUCUCUUCCAUGCGGCUGCUGUGGUUGGGGAGGCCCAGUACAUAUUUGGUGGCACUGUUGACAACAAUGUGCGAAGCCGUGAGAUGUUCCGCUUCCAGUUCUCCUGUUACCCUAAAUGUACACUUCAUGACGACUUUGGCCGCCUACUCGAGACACAGCAGUUCUGCGACGUGCAGUUUCUCGUCGGUCUAGAAGAAGUGUCCAUUCUGGCACAUGUGGCUUUUGUGGCGGCCCGAUCAACUUGGCUUCGUGACAAAAUCCGCAGGGCACGAGAGGCAUUGGUGAUAGCUGAGGCUGAGGCUACUUUUGAUGGUGGGGGAAGCGUGUACCCAACAGCAGCCACGCUUCAGGUGCGGCUCCCGGACGCUGUGCCGGAGGCAUUCGAACUUGUGCUUACUUACAUCUACACCGAUCGCAUUGAUCCCACCAAGAAAAGCCGGGACCCCAUGAGUGACCGCAUUGUUCUUCUUAUGAUGGAUGUCUACAGGCUGGCUGUUCAGUUCCACAUGAGGCGCUUGGAGCACCUGUGUGUCCAGUACCUUGAGGCAGCCAUCAACCAUCGUAAUGUCCUUGUUGCCCUUCAAAAUGCCUCUGACUUGCGUCUGGACUUUAUCAAGGAGUUCUGCCUGAAGUUUAUUGUAAAGGAGAGCACCUACAACCAGAUUGUGAUGAGCAAGGAGUUUGAGACGAUUGCCCAGCCGCUCAUGGUGGAGAUAAUACGACGCCGACAGAUGCCUGCUGUGCGCUCACUGCUUGAGCCAAUGUUCGACUAUGCUGGUACAACGUUGGAGCAAGACAUGGAGAUUUUCCUGAAGGAGACAGGCCGUGAGUUCUGUGACAUUACGCUGUUGCUUGAUGGCCACCCGAUCCCAGCUCACAAGUCGGUGCUUGUAGCUCGGUGUAGCUACUUUGAAGCCAUGUUCCGGUCCUUUAUGCCAGACCACAACACCGUCAAUAUUGCCAUUGGUGAGAUGAUUCCAUCCCUACAGUCCUUCAACACCCUACUGAGGUAUAUCUACUAUGGUGACAUCAGUAUGCCACCUGAAGAUUCCUUGUACCUUUUCUCGGCACCUUAUUUCUAUGGCUUCACUAACAAUCGCCUACAAGCCUUCUGCAAGGAGAACCUGGAGAUGAAUGUAACAUUUGAAAAUGUUAUUCAGAUUCUGGAAGCGGCUGACAGGAUCCAAGCUACAGACAUGAAAAAGCAUGCCCUUAGCCUCAUUGUGCAUCAUUAUCCAAAGGUUGCAAGACUGCCAAAGAUACGGAGCCUUAGCAAAGACCUUCUGCUUGACAUACUGGAAGCAUUGGCGGAUGACAUGAGCGACUCUAAGCUAUGUCAGGAUGUGUCAUCAGCGAGCCUGUGCAGUGAUUCUGCAGGGUCUGCAAGCUUAGUCCUAGAUCCAAGCCCUUACCACGAGAGUGGCUGCAAAUGAACUUUAGUUAAAACAUCCCCGGUACAAACUUACGCUUGAGCUCACAAUGGCAGCAACUCUUACAAUGACAUCAUGUGCCACUAAGGACUGAGCAGUAAGGUAGACUGGUAACAACUGGAAUAACAACUGUCUACCCAUAACUCUGCUUUACAAUGAACUUGCCAAGUAGCAGAUUUCUCGAGCUACCUUGAUGCAGUAUAGUUUGCCGUCAUUAGUACAGUGGUAGCAUCACAUACAUCCUCGCCACAACUUUUGUUGCAAAUUAACAGGCCACCAGAUGCGACCACGACAUUUGUGUACAGCUCACUGCUGUUGCAUAGUAUGUCUGAUAUCUCCUACCUGGUCAAGAAAUAGCACCUGCCCUGUCUUUUCUUUCUCAUUCCACUUUUCUUCACUCUGUUUCCAGUCACAAAGGUUUACCAGCAAGCUCAAGUUCAAGCUUUUUCAACUGAGUGAGUUAUCUGCUAUACUGUGCAGCAAAUCACCAUGGUGAAGGGACUUUAUGCCUUUCUCAGUAAGAAUGAGCACGCAAGACCAUAUGACCCUCCUCUCAAAUGCUUUUGCUGAAAGAACAGCACGACGUGGCAGCAAAGCUUAAUGCUCCCCUUAUCUUCGUGUACCGCCUUCAAAAGUAUGGCUUAUGCACUAAGGCUGAGGUCUGUGUGUGAUAUACCAUCGGCCAUUAAAUUUAACCAAAGCCAUAUGAGAGAAAACAAGCCAUCUCAUGGCAUUUACUUACAGGAAACAUGUUCCAAGCACAUCAAGACACCAGUUAGUUAAAGGUUUGUAUAUCAUAUCAAUAGCGACAUACCGCAAGCUUUAUUUCAGGUAUUGUAGGCCUGCACCUAAUUUUUGACUGAUGUUUCUGUGUGAACGCCUUUUGUAGGUGUUAACAUAGGAAUCAACAAAAUUUUGAAGUCUCCUAAUGCACAAAUAUGACCGCUCCUGUCAAUUCAUCAUGUAUACCCCAUGGUGUCCAUCAUAUGAACAUGUCCGAAAUGUUGUGCCUAUUUGCAGCAGUAUUUCCGUGAUAUUUAAUAAAAGGUGGUUCCUAUGUA